AUGACGACGCAGGCACGGCAUAUACAGCGUCACCAUGCAUCAAGACCAAGUAUUAUGGAAGUAUAUCAUAUGAUUACGGAGGAGGAAGCUCAAGCACGCAUCAAAGAAGAACAAGAGCGAGACCGAUAUGCCAAGCGAUGGUCUAGUGGAUAUGAGUUGCUAGCAGAGAUGCAAUCGCGCGGGGCAAAACAGCAUUCGCCGCCGCCUCCUACCAUUCAACUGGACGACUCACUUCACGAGAGUGAGAUUGAAUCGCCGUUACAAUCUAAAACGCGCUCAAGUGUGAGCUUUUCUACCUCGCCGCCAUACUCGCCUCCUCAAGCCGAACAACCACAUGAGAUGUCCUUGUAUCCAUUGGAGUCGUCUAUAUACCCCUCAAAGCACAAAAUUUCCCAAGAUUCUCCUUUAAAACCUAAUGCAAAUAUUCCUGACGUUGAUCAUAUCGUGGCAGAGUCAGAGUUGGGGUCGAUUCUCACUAACGAUACGGUCUCAAUGGGGUCGAAACCUGAACCCAGCACUCAACCGCCUGAAGCCGAAGACGCAACUGUACCGUAUGAUUUAUGGAAAACGGUCCAACUACUCAAGCUCAUAACUCAUGGGUCUCAGUUGGCAGAUAAGCAGAAUGGCGACGAAUCUAUACGACAAAUGAUGCAUCUCAUCAAGACACAGAAUGCCUCAGACAGCAUGUUUUCUCAAAAAGAUGCAGAUACGACGGAUGCACUGGCUAUGGAUUUGCGCCUUGAAAAAAUCAGUCUCGAUGAUGCUGAAUAUGCUCAACGUCUGGACGACAUUCGGCACCGCUUGGGCGAGCUUGUGACGAAAGUUGACCUGUCAUCUGAACACGCAACGUCGGCGGACAUAUCAAAGACCUCUUUUGUCGCGUCCCUCUGGUCCCAACUAAGUGGGUUCCAUAAAUCAACGACUCGAGCUCUCUUCACAAGUGCUUGCAUCAUGCUUUUGGCUCUGGCUUUGUUGCUUGGUCUACGCUUCCGUGCCGAAUACUUAUGGCAAUAUUCUUACCACGACAUACUAUACCCCAGCCUUUACCCAUUACCCUCCUAUGUAAGCCUCUUCCUUUCGCCGGACGUAGAAUAUGGCGCCCCAUUUUAG